AGGCCUGUGUACCCAUGAGCACGGGCACCUGCCAUGUGAGCGGGGCCAGGAGAUUCCACUCGUUCGAUGGCAGCUGCUUCAGCCUACACGGGGACUGUGUGUACAAAAUGUCAGAGGUUGUGGAGAAAGACGGAUCGAUGGCUCCAUUUGUUGUAUCAGUGCAGCAGUUGACCAAGAUGGAUGAUGCAAUGGUCACCAGGAGGGUUGACAUACAGGCCUACAAAUACAAGAUAUCUAUGUCUCCCAGAGUUAUAUGGGAAAUAAUGGUGGAUGACGUUACAGCAAAUCUCCCACUGUCACUCGGAGAUGGAAAGGUCAGGGCCUACCAGAACGGCAUUAACAUCGUCGUGGUAACAGACUUUGGCUUGAUGGUGACCUACGACACCGUUGCUGGCGCCAUCAUACAGCUUCCAUCCAUUUACAAAGGUGUUACCGGUGGUCUCUGUGGCAACUAUAAUGACAAGAAGGAGGAUGACUUCCUGCUGCCCAGUGGGUUGCAGGAGCCGUCUGUGGAGAAGUUUGCAGCGGGGUGGUUGGUGGUUCAGGAAGGGUAUCCGGUGGCCUUGUCAGCAGCUGGAGAUCUGACCAGUUUUUGUCCUCUGACGUGUCCAGCUAACAGUCACUAUGAGUUGUGUGCCGACACCUGUUCUUCUACCUGUUACUCUCUCAGCGAGUCUCCAAAAUACCCACUAUGCCAGGAGGGCUGCCAGUGUAGCGACGGCUUUGUGUUUGAUGGUGGCAAGUGUGUCCUACUGGAGAACUGUGGCUGUGUGGUUGAUGGACACUAUUACAAAGACCCCUGUGAGGACACUGAGUGCCGUGAGAAAGAAAACUGUGUGGUGAUGAACAGUAAGGCGAUAUGUGUGGCCCAGUCCACGGCCACCUGCAGGGCUGUGAGACUGCCUCACCUUUGA